AAUUAAUCUCCUGAGGAUACCUUAGCAUUUUUUCUUUAUAAUAUAUUUGCACCAUAUAAUUAUAUGUACGCAUCAACAUACACAGAGACUCAUUCCACAUACUAGUUAUGGCUCCUAUAACCUCUAUAUUUCACCAAACCAACCUUGUUGUGCAAACUUAACCACAGACUCGUACAAAAAAAGAAACAAUGGGAACUGGUCACAGUACUCACACUAACCUUGGAAGCGAAUGCACUUCCUAUGAUGCUGGUGCCACAGGCACCAUAGCACGUUGGGGAGAAUCUUUUGAAGUUUCCAUGGGCAAUAGCAAAGAAAACAAUGAUCACACAGAAGUUUGGGGUGUGAAAUACAAACCAAGUCAGAAAAACUACACUUGUGGCUUUCACCUUAGGGCAAGCCGUGACAAUAACAAAAGUGUUGAGAGCAUAUAUUUCGGAUUAGGCGAUUUUUCCAACAACAAAACUGAAUUUGCUUUGAAGAUUACAAGAAUCGGUCGCGAUAGUCUCCGAGGAGGGAUAACCGGCAUCGACUCUUCCACCGCACCAAUGUACUUCACAAGAGCAAAGCAAGAUCACACAAUAGAGACAACUAUUGUUCCAUAUGGUUGUUCAUUCAGAGAUGGUCUUUUUGUUAUGGAAAUGAAGAAGAAGGUUAAUGCUGAGAAUGCUUAUAUGGUUACCAUGGGACACUAUUAUGUUACCAAAGAUGUUGGUCUUUCUGUUGAGGCCAAAAUCCUUCGCAGUAAAAACUGUUUUGUUGUUCAAGUGGAGGGUCCUUUCAGCCACCCUGGUGAUGAAUUGCGUAAGGUUCUUGCGAAAACGCAUCGAACUGGAAUAUGGUCGCGUAGUGCUUGUUCUCAUUGUAAUAACAAUGGAACAAAGGCUAGCACUAGCAAAAAAAGUGGAGAAUCCGAUUCACCAUUGAAAGCUCAACCAAGUCACCAGAAGGGACACGGUACUGUAGGUGAAAUUGUUAGCCAUGCUUUCUCGAGCAGUGUCAAGGAGCAAUACAACAAAGGCCUUAUCAAUUCGAGUGGAUACACUACUGGUUCUCUGAAUAAUUCUAUCGUCUUUAUUGAUUGUAAUUUUUAAAUUCAUCAUAUGGGAAAUUACGUAAUGUGGAAGUAUUUUACUUUCCAUAUUCAAUUGUUAAAAUAAAUGGUGGGAAAUACUCACUCACUUGGUACUGUAAGUUAUAUACUUGCUAAUUGAUUGUUGGUGUUGAUACAAACUCUUGGAACAGGGUUAUGUUUGUAAACAAAGGGCAUCGCAAUUAUAAACUGCAUGAUGUUGUUGCAUCGUUACAGAGUACUUUUGAUA